AAAAACCAUCGAAUUCACAGAUUUGUACGUUGGAUAUUCACGUCAAAAUGGAAGACCUAAAUUCUCAGAAUAAUAGUGGCAAGGAAAAGGUGCUGAGUUCAAUUCAGCAUGUGAGCAAAAUAUGUGAAAGCCUAAAACAUCACAAAAAGGUAAAUCUGUUUGGGCCUCCAGGAGUUGGGAAAACAUGGAUGGCAAAGAGAGUAAGUGAGCGUGCUACCAGGAGGAAAAUUGUCCAUCUCACACUUUGGGUGUUUAUGUGCAAAGAGUAUACGAAAGAGUCUCUUUCUAAAAGUAUUGCUCAACAGCUAUGCUUACUUCCUACUACUUAUGAGGAGUGGGAGGAUGGGGAUGAAAAUAAGGAACUAAAGGACAACGAUGAUAAGGUUCAAGACUCAGAAACUUUGAUUAAAGAGAUAAAGAAGAAACUUGAAGAAAAGGAAAAGAAGAAACUUGAAGAAAAGGAAAAGACGAAACUUGAAGAAAAGGAAAUUCUUCUAAUUCUAGAUGAUGUUCACCUAGAUCACAAAACUGAACAUGAUUCGAAUGAAACAAAGUUUUGGUCACUAUGGAAUGAAAUGUUUCCUAAUGAAAACUUCAAAACUCUUUUAAUAUCAAGAUUAAAGAGGGAACAUGAAGAUAUUUCUGAUGCUAUUGAGGUUGAAGCUUUCCCUAAAGAAGAGUCUGAUGCUUUAUUGAUAGGAAAACUUGAUGCUCAGUUGAGGAAUAAGGAAAGAAUCCUAGAUCUAGGUAAAACAUUGAUGGAAAAAAGUAACGGUUUACCUGGUACAGUUAUUAUGAUAGCAAAAUCCUUGAAUUACUUUGGUGUAGAUCCAUCUAGAAUGUCUAUUCUUGAAAAGGAGUUGGAAGAAACAUCUCGCAAGUACAGUGUAAACAAGUUAUUGUGCAUGAAGCAUGAUGUGUUGCCCAUCAGUAUUUUGAAAGAUCUAUGGUGGAGUGGUCACCAUUUCUUUCGUGAUUCAGCAAGUGUUCACUACAAUGAGCUGAUAACUUACUGGAUCUUGGAAGGGUAUCUGGGUUUUGGUAGCAUGACUAGUUUGUAUAACAAAGGUCAUGGGAUUGUAAUGGAGCUUAUGGAUUAUGGCAUACUCAAAGGGCUAGAGGGUGAUUACGUUUUCAUGGACAAGUCACUUAUAAACGUUGAUGAUCUCUACCAGUAUGUUGACCAAAACGCAAAUCUUGGUUUGGCAACUGUGUUUACUUCUGAUGUAGAUGGUUUUGGGAGAAUCACACAUGAAGAUGGAAUGUUGAAAACACCUCGGACACGUACGAAAAGGAAGAAUCAAGAGCAGAAAGAAUCAUCAUCAAAGGAAGUUGGUCAGAAUCUUUCAACUUUAUUAUUAGACGGAACCCAUUUUAGCGAGCAAGUCAUGAUGAACUUCCUUAAAUCCGAAAUGGAACUUCAAGUUCUAGCUUUAUUCAAUCCUACCAUCAAAUCUUUGCCAGAGUCGCUGGAUAUGAUGGAGAAUCUUCGUGUUCUUGUGCUUAGAGGUUGUGAGUUUUUGCAAGAUGUCAAGCUCCCUUUAAAAGCUUUGCGUGUUCUUGAGAUCUCUGGUGGUGGAAGGUCUUUGAGGUCAAUAAAAUCGAUAUUCUUCAAGAAUAUGGUGAAUCUUCAAAGUAUUCAUCUAUCUGGACUUGAAAUCAGAUAUUUACCUCAGGCCUUUUAUAAUCUUCUUGAACUACGUUGGCUAGUCAUUAAGGAUUGUCAGCGUUUGAAGAAGCUUGAGAGCCUUUCAAAACUUGAACAUCUUUUGGUCGUUGACCUCUCGGGUAAUAUCGCUUUGGAUACUGUCGAUAAAAACUUCUUGAAAUUUAAGAAUCUUCAAAGCCUUAAUCUUUCUAAUACCUUGGUUUCCACCACCCCGUUGCUCAAAAACAUUGAAUCACUCACUCAUUUGUUAUGUCGAGGAUGUAAAGGUUUAGGCAGAUUGCGAGGGCUAACUUCACUAACCAGUCUCCAAACUCUUGAUCUCUCUGGUUCCAUAGAAUUCGAAGAGUUCCACGAUUCGUCUUUACAAAGCUUAAGAUCCCUCAAAACCCUUGACCUAUCUGAAACUGCAAUUGAUCGUCUGCCUUCUAACAUUUCCAACCCUCGUUCUCUUUAUCUUAAGAGUUGCCCUCAGUUAGAAAGACUUCCAUGCAUCGAAUCCCUUGUAUACCUCGAGGUACUUGAUGUUUCAGGUUCGAAUCUUAAAGAGUUCGAGGAGGGAUUCUUUGACCGAAUCACAUGUCUUCGAGUCCUCAACCUUUCAAAAACUAAUGUUGUAGAUCUUCCUUCCCUCUCAGAGCUUUUCAAUCUUCGUGAAUUGUACCUAUCACGUUGUCUAUCAUUAAAAAGUUUGCCAUCGUUAGAAUCUGCUACAAAAUUGGAGAUUCUUGAUGCCUCAUGGUGUAGUGCUUUAGAUGAUAUUGGAAAUCAAUCUUUCGAGGGAAAAACUCGCCUUCAAAAGAUCGAUCUUUCUGAAACAAAGAUCGAGUCCUUCCCUUCCCUUUCAAAUCCAAGCCAUCUCCGUCAGCUCCUACUAAAGAACUGCAAAGCCUUGAAGAAUUUUGAAUUAAAUGUAUCCUUGCCAAAUCUUGAGGAGUUAAAUCUUUCUGGUGUUACCUUGAAACCUACUGGAGCUGAAUUCGUGAAGGAUAUGAGCAACAUUCAAAUUCUUGACCUCUCUAAUACUUCCCUUGAACAAAUUCCCUCCAUUUCAAAAUUCACAAACCUUACUCGUCUUUCUCUUGCUGGUUGCUCAUGCUCAGACACAGAACUAGAUUUGAAGCCAUUAAGUAAGCUUGAAGUAUUGAAUCUUUCAGGAUCAUCAAUCAAGCGUUUGAGAAACCUCAGUGGGUCCCACAACCUUCAAAAGCUCCUACUUCAAGGUUGUUCUAUCGCGGAGUCCUCUGAAGAUGAAGAGUUUCAAGAUCUCUUGGGGUCCAACCCAAAAAUACCUGAUGUGAUGUCUGAAUUAAGUCAUCUUGACCACAUCGAGUUUCCAAAUGUCAAUGUUGACACCAGCCAUGAAGAAUCUUCAUCAAAAGAGGCGAAUCAAGAUCAAUGGAGCAUCUGUCGGUUGUCUGAGGAUGACAAAGCUCCCAUAUUUACUAGUGGUUCUCAGUUUCUUGAAAUUCUCAAGGAAAAUCCUUUGCAAGAGGAGAGCCAUUUAUGUGCAAUUCCUUACAUGGUGGAAGGUGAAACUGGAGAUCGAUAUCUUCAAAGACAUGAACUUGUUUUUCGAGAUGUCUACCUCCAAGCAUACGGGUUUCCUCAAUACAAGGGAAACAAGUCGUUGCAGAUUCGUGGUUUUAACCAUUUCCCAAAGGGUAUCGAGAACAUCAUCAGUAAAGUCAACAUGGUCUUUCUGAUUGAUAAUAAGUUCAAGGGUUUGCCAUCUGAGUUUGAUAUGGUCUUUCUGAUUGAUAAUAAGUUCAAGGGUUUGCCAUCUGAGUUUGAUGUCUCUAAGCUCAAGGAAGUAAAGGGAUGCUGGAUCGACAGGUGUGAUGAAACAAUCACCAUUUUUACCGAAAAGGAAGGAGAGGAAAAUUCCAAUUCUGAAUUUUUCUUGCAGAAUCUUGGAAUUUCGAAUAAUCGUAGUUUGGAAAGUAUAUAUAAUGGGAAACCGGCAUCUGGGAGCUUCGAUAGUCUCAAGAGUUUGUAUUUGGAAAGUUGUCCAAAGCUUUCAAUCGUAUUUCAAUCAUCAUGGCUACCAAAGAACUUGGAAUUUCUUCAAAUCAAAUACUGUAACAAGAUAGUAUCACUCUUUAAUCAAUCGGAUCAAGGUAUACUUCCAAGCUUAAAAACAUUGCAUUUAUGGGAACUACCAGAACUAGAGAACAUUGGCCUCUCAUUUCCUGAGUUACAAACUCUCAAAAUCUGGGAAUGCCCAAAAGUGAAGCAAAUUGAGCGCAUCUUCCAAUCAUCCGAUAUUUUGGAGACAUUAUGGAUCACUGGUGCGACUAGUUUGAAGAGUUUAGACGGAAUCUCAGGUUUAAGACGUCUUUCUACUCUUAUAGUGGAAAGUUGCCCGAUGCUUGAAUAUGUUGCCUCUUUUCUGGACUUUGUUAAGAUCAUCGAGAUAAAGUCAUGCGAGAAGUUGCAGAUUUUGUUUACACGCUUGUACUAUAUGCCAGAUUUAGACACACUCUAUUUUGAAGACCUACCGAUGCUGAAAAAGAUUGGCGUCACUUUCCCAUCAAUAGUAACUUUAAUUACUUACGACUGCCCAAAUUUGAAUCUCAAAGACACGAUUGUUGACUAGAACUGAUUCCACACGCAUCAUGGUUACAUACCGUGGCAUUUAAUUACUUGUUCCUGAAAAAGAUGACAGAAAAUUACUUGUUCGUGAAGGUAAUAAAAGUUGUGUCAUGCAUUGGAUAUAUUUGUGAGGAUUCUAAUAAUGUGUGUGCUUAAUUACUGAUUGGAUCAUGUAUGUUAAUCUCUUGUGCUAUUGUGUAUCCGUAGACAAAGGGCAUCACUUUCUUUGUUCAUUGUAAAAUAAUGUGCGUGAAAACGUGACCGAACAAUAAAUCCAUGUAUUAUUUAUCCUGCA